GCGAUUCAAACGAGUCACGUCUGCCACUGUAGCAGAUUCGCCCACGUGGUACUGCGAUACUCGUGCGCUUGACGCGAGAGAGAGAGAGAGAGAGAGAGAGAGAGAGAGAGAGAGAGAGAGAGAGAUGGCCGCGCUCGCGAGAGCGAUGGCGGCGACGGGGGUGGCGGGAGGGGCUGUCUCGAUGGAGGGGAGGGAGGAAAGGGGAAGAAGGGGAGUUAGACGGCCAUCGCUGAAACUGGAGGUGGAGAAGACGACGUGGACAGGGCGGCGUCUUGUUCUUCCGUUGCCAUGGUCAUGGCGUUCUUGGCAUUUUCGAGAUUACCAGUGUCAGUUGUGCAAGCUCAAUUUGGGAGAAGGGAGGGAGGGGGGGAAGAGAUUAGGAGAAGGAGGUGGUCGGGGGGCAGUUCAAGGCGAGCAGAUCCACGUGUCAUCCUGUCGCACAAGGGCAAAUUCUUUAGGACUACAGGUAGGAAGAGCUGGGAGAAGAAGCGGCGGCGUUUCACCUGAUGAUAUCAGCUUAUCUGCUUUCAGAUCACGUGGAUUAGAGUGGAUUAAAUUGGCGGCAAAUGGAAUAAGGAGGGAUAGCAAGAGGGGGGAGGGGGAGGGGGAGGGGGAGGAAAGGAGGGGUUGGCGGGUUCAGAGUCAGUCGGUAGCCGCGAGAAGCAAGGGAGGAAGAAGUGUAUCCCGAGAGGAGAGGGAGGAGGAGGACAGAGAUGACCAUGGCUAUGGCGACAAGCAGAGGGAGGGGAUGGAGAGGGAGGAGAUGGAGACGGAGGAAGAAACGCCAUCCAUGGCAAGGAGAACAAGUAGAAGACGGAGACAGUCCUCCGUUGGUGCUAUGGCUAUGGUGGUUAUGGAGGACUCGCAGUCGGUAGGCAAAGCGAGCGAAGAAGGAGAAGAAGGAGAAGAAGGAGAAGAAGGAGAAGAAGGAGAUGGAGAUGGAGAUGGAGAUGGAGAUGGCGGCGGCGGGGAAGGUAAGCAGACGGCGGCGGCCACGUGGAUGAAAGAGACGGAACUUAGAGAAUUUUUCUUGGAAUCGAUCAUCGUCGGGGCAAGAGAGGGGGAUGUCAAGGCCUCUCAACAAUCAUUUCGAGAAUUGGAGCUCGCAGGAUUAACGCCAGGCCCCAGUGCCCAUCAUGGUGUCAUAGUUGCGUAUUGCAUUGCAGAAGAUGUGGACGGAGCGAUGAUGUACGACACGCUCGUCAAAGUGAAUUGUGAAAAUGGAAAUCACGAGGCCGCAAUAAAAAUUCUUCGGCAUAUGGAACUCAAGGGGACACUAGCAACCACCUUUCACUACAAUUGCUUGCUUCUCUGUCAGGCCAAUGCCAACGUCCCUCACAUGUGUGCAAUAACAUUUGACUCUAUGAAAUACGGCCGAGAUGAGAUGAAGCCUGACACGGAAUCGUACAACUGGCUGCUGCAGUCCUGGGUACGGCAUGAUUUCGGAGACUGUUUGCAGGAGACCAUCGACGUGCUUGGCGACAUGAUUGAAGAUCACAAAACGGUCCAACCGAAUAUCAGAACCUAUGUGUUGAUAGUUGAGUGUUUUGUGAAGCACAAUAAGCUGGAUGAGGCGAUCCGGUACUUCAAUGCUUUACGACGGAUUUCCAAUUCCAUGCCUGCUCUCCACCAAGGAGGAGAGUAUGGUGAUCCCCUCUCUCUCUAUCUUCGUUCAACGUGUCGAACGGGCAAGAUCGGAGAAAUGAUACUUGCACUCGAAGCUAUGGAGCGGGACAACCAGUCGAUCCCUGACCGGGCGAUGAUCGUCAACAAGUACCGGCGUACAAUGGUGAGCUCCUGGAUCGAGCCGAUGGAUAAGGAAGGAGACUCGGGGAUCGAGAUCGACUAUGUGGCACGAUACAUUGCGGAGGGCGGACUGACUGGAAUGCGGCCCCGAUGGCGUCCUCCCAUCAGCGACGAUGAGGACGAGCCGAUCCCCCGGCAACCGGACCACGAGGGCUAUCGGUUUGCUGCUCCGGCGGAAGAAAGCUUUAAGCAGGCCUGUCUGAAGGACUGGCAGGCGUUCAAUGUACGACUUCUUGAGCGUCUCCUGGAGGAGGGAGUGGAAAUCCUUGGCCCCGACGCAACCGAAGAGGACAUGAAAAAAGUUGUCCAGAGACUGCGCAUCGAAGUUAUGGGAGGGAAUGCUCGAAACCUGCAGAAGCCGAAGGCGGCGAGCAAAAUGCUUGUUGCGGAGUUGAAGGCGGAGCUGGAAGCGCAGGGGUUAUCGACGGAGGGCACGCGACCGGCGCUGUAUCAGCGGGUUCAAAAGGCGCGCCGGAUUGCUCGUGCGCGGGGGCGACCGAUUUGGGUCCCCCCGAUCAAGGAGGUGUCGACGGAAGAAGAGGCGCUCGUUGAAGGGUUCCUUAAAUCGCUGCGAGAGCGCGCGAGCACCGGCGAUUGGUCCAUCCGCCCGCAAGCGAUCAUCGGCAAGCCGGAGGAGGACGAGAGCACAGAUGUUGCUGGGUUGGACGAUCUGGACGAGGGGACGGAUGCGGACGAAGACGAGGACGAUGUCGACGACGAUGUCACACCCGAGGAUCUUGAGAGAAAUCGUCGGCUGCAGAAGAUGCGAGAGGAAGGGGUCGCCGAGGAGGAGGAGGAAGAGGAAGAGGAAGCAAAAGACGAGGCCGCCGUCGUCAUGGGCGUGAAGAUCGGAGGGAUGCGACUUCUCGACCAGGCAGUCAAGGAAGAGAAGAUGAAGUCCGAAGCGAUGAUUCAGUUCCAAGAGGAAUGGUUGAAUCUAUCCAAGGAAGAGAAGCUCCAAAAGCUCAUCGAUCAGAGAUGGUUUGAUCGGUCCGAGGCAUAUACUGUUGCCGACGUGUGGGGCUGGACAUGGGAAGAGAAUGAAAGAAAUAUGCUGCCGAACAGGUGGUCGGAAGAGCUUGAGCUGGAAUUGGCAUUACAAGUUCUUGACAAGGUUAUAAAGCUGGGCGGGAAUCCAACAGCAAGCGAUUGUGCUGUAUUGCUGCGAACAGCAAUGAAUGCCUCACGGCCGGACAAAGUCGCUGCGCUCAUUGCAACAACUCAUCAGCUUGGACAUCCAUUAGGACCGCGAAUAUACCGAGAAGCAAUUGACUUGUGUCUAGACAGGGGGGACCGAGAAUGCGCGAGAGCGAUUUUGGUGGAAAUGGAGAGGGUGGAAGUCGAUGUUCCGGAGGAGCUGCAGAGCAAAGUUGCUGUUGAAAACAAUGAAUCCGAGCAACAACAAUCCGAUGAACCUGGUGAAGCCGGCGAGUCUGACAAUUUUGACACAUCAGAUGAAGCGCAGGGACUGUCUCUUAUACACAUCUAGAUGUGUAUAAGAGACAGGUCUGCAGCAGCGCCACCAAAUCCUGACAAGAUG